CACUCCGAGAAAACCAUCCCCAAAGCACACGAGCACGCAGUAGCACACAGUAUCUCUCUACUCCUUGCUCGCGGCACCAUCACACUGCAGAGACCACCAAUGGCUUCCAAGGUUGCCCUCUUCCUGGCCCUGAGCCUCCUCUUCGCCGCCGCUGCGCACGGCUGCGCACCCUACUGCCCCGGCCCCGUCGUCCCGACCCCACCGGUCGUGCCUACCCCGUCCCACAGUCACGGGCGCUGUCCGAUCGACGCGCUCAAGCUCAGGGUGUGCGCCAACGUGCUGGGCCUCGUCAAGGUCGGCCUGCCCCAGUACGACGAGUGCUGCCCGCUGCUGCAGGGGCUCGUCGACCUCGACGCCGCCGUCUGCCUCUGCACUGCGAUCAAGGCUGACGUUCUUGGCAUCCACCUCAACGUGCCCGUCAGCCUCAACCUCAUCCUCAACAAGUGUGGCAAGAUUUGCCCGGCCGACUUCACUUGCCCUCAGUGAGAUGCACGGGGGAGCUUGUCGAUUGAGAUGAAGCCAAGCAUCCAAGGAACCUAGACUUGUCGAUCUCCACUCUCGCGAUUCAACGGCGACAUAUAUGUCUUGUUAAAUGAUCAAUUAGUUUGUUAUAAAUUCUUUCACUGUACCUUUUUUCUUUUCCGAGGAUCGAACCUUGUAUGAAGUUGUACUACUACCAUUUUAAAUUGGCAAUGAAAAAUGUUCACCUUUUACUUUGGAGAAA